CUUUUGUACGUCACGCGGUGGCGCGCUGGGUAUCCGCCUUGUUGAUACUUUUGCAGGAUUGCUCGUCUUAAAAUAUUGAAAUAAGCUUACUUGUGACUUAAUGCAGGUUUGAACAUAUGAAAAGUCAACAAAAGGCAUUAAGAUGUGGAUACUGACAGCCCUGGAGCCUGGAGGUGAGACACACUAUCUGCUCUCCACUAAAGAGUAUGUCGUGGGACGCAAGAACUGUGACAUCCUCCUCCCCAACGACCAGUCCAUCAGCCGGGCUCACGCUCAUCUCACAGCCACUGACCAGACCCUGACUGUCAAAGACACCUCCAAGUACGGUUCAUUUGUGAAUGGCCAGCGCGUGACGGAGAACACAACAAUGAACCUGAAGUCAGGAGACAACGUUACAUUUGGGGUGUUUCACAGCAAAUUCAGUUUGGACCAUCAGAAGCCCGUAGUGUGUUCCUCAUGUGUGGACAAUGAUGGCAAGACGUCGCUCUCCCAGGCCCUGGUGGCUGUGGGGGGUAAGCUGGUCAACACCUGGACGCAGGACUGCACCCACCUGGCCAUGCCCACUGCUAAGGUCACCAUCAAGACAAUCUCUGCUCUGCUGUGCUGCCGUCCCAUCGUGAAGCCGGAGUUCUUCUCAGAGCUCAGCAGAGCCGUUCAGCAGAAAUUGCCCCCUCCUAAAUCUGAGAGUUUCAUCCCUGAGAUCGAUGAGCCCAGCCUGAGUAAAGAGGAUGUAAACCUUGGAGCAAAUCCAGUUCGGAAACGGCUUUUCAAUGGAAAGACCUUCAUAUUCCUCAGUGCCAAACAACUCAAGCGCCUGAGUGCAGCUGUGAGUUUUGGAGGGGGCCGGAGCCAGAUGCUGGAGGCAGGCUCUCUGCCCCGCAGCCUGCUGGAGAGUCCUCACUGCUGUGUGGUGGAUAUGACCUCAGGCAGCUCCCAGCCUCUGCUUCCUGCUUCUGCUGCAGAGUGGGCAAACUCUGCAAAGAACAUUGUCCAAAGAAAAGGCCUCCGAGUCAUCACAGAGUCUGAAAUCGGUUUGGCUGCCAUCUAUGCUUCGUGUGAGAAGUACUGCAAUCCAUCCUGUCUGACACCAGACUCAGAGUCGGCACCCAAAGUGCAACCCAGAAUCCCGAGUGCCUCUCUGUCUCAGAGCAUGGCGGUGGAGGAGACUGUGUUGCCUGCAGCCUCUCGGAACAUCACAGCUUAUGCAGUCAACACAGAGACAUCACAAGGGACAGAGGUAUUUAAAGGAACAGAGCAGAUGUCAGUAGGUGAGACUCCUGAGAGGAAGCAAAACCAGAACAUCAGUCAGCUCUGUGGAUCCAAACCCGCUCUGAACACCACUCAGUGCAUCGUGGCCGACACAAUAAGAUCAUCGUUCAACACUGUAGAAAACACUGCCUCAGAGAGGAAGAAGCCUGAGUCCAAACCUAGAGUUUCAGGUGCAGGCAGUAGUGCCGUUUGGUCCCAGUCUUCCCUUCCCAGGACCAACGUUGGCACGAAGACAUUCCAACAGAAGCAAUCUCCUCAAAAACAAAAGAUCCCUGCACAAGCUUCCCCACAGAACCAAUCAAGUCUGACCAGUUUCUUUCAAACUGUCAACAAGAAAAGGCCUUUGGAGGACGAGCUCUCUGCUGCCAUGUCAGAGCCAAAGCGCCCUUUACUGGAAUCACCCAUAAACAUACAGGCAGCAAACACCUCAUCCACGUCUAAAGAAACAUCCUCCCGUUCAGACAGAGUCCCUUCAGCAACAUCCCAGACGCCUCUGGAGUCAGCAGCUGAUCUCUUUGGAGGAGGGUCAGGGGCUCAGUCGGAGAGGGUCUCAGACACUGUACAGGAAGAACCGCGGAACAGAAAGAGGAAGGAGAUGGAAGCAGAGAUACAGGAGGACGAACUGGAGUUCCUUAUGUCUGAAGAUAUGGACUUCUUUGAUGAGCAACCCUCAGGGAAUCAAGGCCAGCAAGCACAGCCAAAAGUGAGCAGUUCAACCAAACAACAAGGCGUAAAUAAUGUGGAGGCUUCGUCUUCAAGCAAGAGGCAACGGGUCCAACCGGAAGAAAAUGGAAACAAGCCGAGGCCAGAGGUGGGCCUGCAAAAAGAGUCAAGCUCCAAUAAGAACCAAACAACUGAGCAGCAUGUUGUCUCUAUAAAGACAGCGCAGAUUCACCCUGUUGAAUACAAGGCACCUAGUCAUGAGUUCAGCAAACCUCCACAAGCUUCAUCUGCCAUUGCACACUUAAAGCCUUCUGAUGAUUCGGAAUUAUUCAUUGAGGAUAUAGAGCCGCGCAAAGCAGAUAUUUGUCAGCCAAAAGAAGAAACUAAGAAACCUCCAAUCAAACAGGAGGUCCAAGAGUCAAACAUUGAUGAAGAUCUUCCCAAAAAGUUGGUUUUGGUGGAGUUUAGAUCUCUGACUGUGAGCGCAGUUCCCACAACGAAACCACAGAGGGUGCAGAGCUACGGCUGCGCAAAGAACUUCAAAAGUUUCCGCAAGAUCUGCCGGGCAGGGGAAGUGAGCGCAGUGGGCCCCGUCAUCGGAGGCUCUGAUCUGCUGGUUCACAACCGGGGCAAAAACACCGAUCUGGAUGAGUGGCUGAAAGAUGCAGUUGAGGAGGAGCGUCACAACAAACGGGACGAGAGUGUUGGAGAUGACCUCUUUAGGUACAACCCCACCAAACUAAGCAGGAGAAGAUGAGCUGUUCCAUCUUAAUGUCCUCCAGAGGGCAUUUAAAGGGCACAGGAAGUAUGUCCAACUCCAGCAAUACCAUAUGAAAAAAUACAAAAAUAAUUCAAUAGUUCAUUCUUGAUUUGUGUGUUUCAACUAUAACUGCUUCAGAACUGAUCAAAUGGAUCAGAAAUGUUUGCCAAUGUUUGGUAUUGUAUGUCACUAAUUAAACAGCCGACAGAGAGAAAUGUAACAAAAGAGUCAUGUUCAGAGAAUCUUUUUCUCAAAGUUUUAUUUGUCAAUAAUAAAAAAUGCGAUUUACAAA